UGUACUUAUCUCUUCCCUCGCAAGGCUCAACCUCUAAACUAACAACUACUUGACUAAAAAAGAAGAAAUACAUUCUUGUAGUGACCCGUCACCUAGGAAGCAGGUUCAGUGACUGAGCUUGUCCUCUCUGGGCUAUUAGAGUUUCGGCCCUCGUUGAUCAUCCAUCAUGAUCUACGAAACAGGAGCCUCUAUCAAUAACGAGACCUCAACUGAGACACAGGCUGGAAGCCACAGCAUCACCGACGCUGACGUGGUUGAGGCGCUACAGAAGGGCAUCCGCGAAGCUACCAGGGAGGAGCUGAUCAAUCACGGAGAGGCGUCGCUGUAUUAUGACUCUUUGACCAUGGCGCCCUUGAACGCAAUGUCCGCUGCCGCUAUUGCUCGUUUCCGUGCAUACAAGCCCCCUCCGUUCCCGCUAUGGGAUCGUCUACCCGUUCGAAGGCGGGCAGCAGUCUUAGUACUACUGUAUGCUGAUCGUCGCGGCGAUUUACGUGUGGUUAUCACCAUGCGCGCUGCAAGUCUGAGGAACUUUUCCGGCCAUGCUGCCUUUCCUGGGGGCAAGGCAGAUGAUCUCGAAGAGACACCAUUCCAAAUCGCCCGCCGAGAAGCUUGGGAGGAGAUUGGGCUUCCCAUGGAUGAUAGCAAACUUCCAAAACCCUUCCGCGUAGAGCAUCUUUGCUAUCUACCCCCUUCCUUAGCUCGGACACACCUCGUCGUGAGACCCUGUGUUGCAUAUCUCCAUGCAGACCAGCGCACAGCAGGAGAACCGGCACCGACUGUUGAGGAAACUAUGAUUCCCAGACUCGAUGCUCGCGAAGUCGCUGCCGUGUUCAGUGCAUCCUUUUACAAUUUCCUCCAGGCGCAGGAUCUCCCUCCCGCCCCGGGUGAGACACUGCCUGAAGGACAAUGGUACGAUGGGUUCUGGAAUCACUGGAAAGAUCACCCCUGGCGGGUGCACAACUUUUACGUCCCAGUCAACAACCAAAGCAUCUCGAAGCCGCGGCGGGAUAGCGAGCAAAGCCGUUUGGUUGAAAAGCUAGAAAAAGAAGAUGAACCAGAUGGGAGAUUCAAGGUAUGGGGGAUGACAGCACGAAUAUUGGUGGACGCAGCGAGAAUUGCAUAUGCACAGGAGCCUGGAUUUGAGCAUAAUGACAGCUUUGGCGACGAGAAGAUUAUUGCCCAUGCGGAUAGCUUGGGGGAUCUGGGGGAGAAGAUUCCAGAAAAGCGGACUGAACCUGGCGAUGCGUCAAAGAUGUAGAGAUUUUGAAGGUACAUGAUAGAAAUAGAAACAAGACCGACGGACGUUAACUCCGAUAUUGCCAGGAUGCUUAGAGAGAGGCAGAGAGUACUGGACAUUGAUGAUAGUGGUGGAUUAUGCUGAAAAUUGUCAAGCUUUAGGUUUCCAUUUGCAAUCAUUUAAACUUUGCGUGCCCU